GUCCCGCCCCAUAAUUAAGGAAGAGAUGUGAUCCAACUGUGGGGUCUCAACCAGACCGUUUAUCGCCCCGCCCGGUCUUUGAAUUCCAGUCUCCUCACUUGAGUGCAUACGGCUUGCAUACUCGAGUGCUCGAGCACUGUAAAUCAUGCAGGCUGUGAGCAUAACUGGCACCGUCAAAGACUUGCCUCCUGCUCCUACAUACAUACGGGGCCGGCAAUCGAGCAGACUUCCAUAGAUUACUCGUAGAGUGUGCUCUUGGCCUACCCCCGACGUUAGUACCGAGUUCCGUGUCCUAAUAUGGAGGAGUAGGAGGUGGAUGGAUAGAUACGAUACCAUAUCAUGAUAAGCUCACCCCCACUUAGCCCGAAUGCAGUGCCGCCAUAUAUUCCAGGCCAUGCAUACAUUUCCUCCACUUAUCCGUCUCUUUCUCUGGUGCGCGACUUCCCCCUCCUUUGCCCGCGUUGCGACCAAACAUUUCGGAAAAAAAAACCUCUUGUCCAAUUCAAUGGCUUCUCCCCAAGCUGAUGGGAACAUUGCCUUCUUUUAUGGUUCUUGCUCCCUGCUAACCUAAUCUCCCGGGUGCCCUCCCCGCUAACCCCUUCCCUACUGUUUUUCAGGCACUCUCAUGGCCACCCCAGUUCUCUACAGGGUCAUUUACGGCACAGUGACUCCCGAAUCCUGGAGAAAUGGUUCCCUUCGUGUCCGCCCGGCCCUCCUGCCUUCCUACUGUCGUUACCACGUGAAAAAUGCCGACUAUCCUGGCGUUGUUCCGGAAGAUGGAAAGUCAGUACGCGGAACAUGCGUCGAGGGUCUCACAAGAAUGGAUAUCUGGCGCCUCGAUACCUUUGAGGGAAUAGAGUACGCUAGAAAGAUGGUUAGGGUCAAAAUUCUGGACAAGAAGGGUAACGAAACGGGCGAAGAAAAAGAGGCAGCAACCUACGAGUGGACAGCUGGAAGAGGAAAUUUGGAGGACCGGGAAUGGGACUUUCACCACUUUGUCAAGGAAAAGCUCUCGGAGUGGGUCGGUGAUGCAGAGGAGUAUGAAGGUGACAUCUAUUCUGCCUGAAGUAUUAUUGCUCCUCUCGUUCACUAACUUCUGUGACUGUUCAAGGGGUCGAUGGGCGCCGGUGGGAAGAUGGGUUUCGAGAGGAUAGCGCUGGGCGCACCGGCGAUACCGGUUAGGCUGUCGCGAGCACUUCUAUGGAAUAAAUUUCGUGAUCCAGGGCACCCCAGAUUCCAAGAUUUCUAGAGGAAUUGAAUUAUAAUUACCGUAAGCAAAAGCGACACUCCUAGUAAAUUCCAGUGCAACUAGAUCCCAGCGGAAGUACUGUACUGGUACAUUGGAUGAAAUCCUUACCCUCCCCGCUCUAUCCUCGUGGUUUGCAUGAAACUCGGGGCAAGCUUGCGGCACUUUUGGGCUAGGGCAAAGUAACUGGAAGAAGACCCAGAGUACUAUCAUACCGGUAGUAUUCGAGUACAGUGCGGGUAUGAUACCGUGUUGGAGAUCAGAGUUAUUAUAUCCC